GUCUUUAACUCCAAAAUGGCGCCCGCCACAAGUCGCGGCGGCGUGGAGCAGGGGAAUGAUUUCCUGGGGUUCAGUCCGUUUUCUAAAAGCGGGGAGAAGAAGAACACCCCGAAAAGAAAGCGGAUGAACAGGAACAAGAAGAAGACCUGGAAAAAGCACAUCGAUGUCCGGGAUGUGGAGGAGUUCAUGGACGACGUGCGGCUGCAGGAGAGGACAGUCGGGGGUCUGCUGUCGGAAAGACCCAAUGAAAAUCUCUUCUUUGUGGACACCAACAAGAAGAAAAAAGACUCCAGAAUAUUACCAGCUACCAGAAAGCUGAGGAAGCGAACCCGACCUCUAAAGAUCGACCUUAUUCUACAGCCAGACUCUAAAGUGCCGCCACCUAAAGACAUCUUGUCUCACCAGGUGCCCAAUGCAAAGAAACUGAAAAGGAAACGAGAGCGAGAGGAGCAGCAGCUGGAAACUAAGGGGAUUCUGCCCCGUACGGACAGACUUCUCCUGGCACAACAGGACAGACCCAGCUCAACACACAAAGACGAGCCCAACAAUAACCCAACCAGAGGCUUCUAUGACCUGUGGGCGGCAAAGAAUCCCCUGGAUUCUGCAUUUGAAGGAAAAGAGCAGUGGUUUUUAGAACAGACCAAAAAGGGUCGUGUUAAGCGUCCUGAAAGAAUGAACAAAAAGCCAUCGGUGCUUCCAGCUGUUGAAGUUGCUGCUCCUGGAGCCUCCUAUAACCCGUCCUACGAAUCGCAUCAGGACCUGCUGCUGAAAGCUCAUGAGGUAGAAGUGAAAAAGCUGAAAGAGGAGAAGAAGCUGGAGCGACAGGUGAAAUGUCCCACCCGGGAUGAAGCCCCCACAGAGGAAACCCGGUUAAGAGAGCUGUGCGAGGGUCUAGUGGAGGAGUCUGAGGAGGAGGGCAGUGGUCCAGGGGCACAAGAUGGGGAGCUGAAGGCGACAUCCCUCCAUCAGAGGGAGCGGAAGACAGAACGACAGAGAAAGAAGGACAAAGAAGCUAAAUUCCUGAGGGCCCGUCAAGAAGCUGAGAAGACGGAGAGACUGCGACGACAGGGUCUGUUCCAGCUGAAGUCCAUCCAGACCUCUCUGAAGUCCAGACAAGAUGAGCUCUUAAGACGCAAGAAGCUGCGCGAGAAGACUCAAAAAGCAAAGGCCUUACAACCCAAGAGACUGGGCCGUCUAAAGUAUCAAGAACCCGACGUGGAUGUCCUGCUAAGUGAAGAGCUAACAGAGUCGCUGAGGAAACUCAAGCCGCAGGGGAACGUUACCAAAGACAGGUUUAAGAGUUUCCAGAAGAGAAACCUCAUUGAGCCAAGGGAGCGUGCAAAAUUCAAGAGGAAGCUGAAGGUCAAAUAUGUGGAGAAACGAGCGUUCAGAGAAAUCUCCGCCUAAUUUGGACUUCCCACCCUGGACUGGAUCUGCUCAGAGCUUUCAUCUGGAUGAAACCCCUCCAUUAUACUGCAUCUUUGGUCUCCAGUCCCUUCACUUGCAGGCGGAUCAUUCUGCCUAUUGGAUUAACAGGAUUCAUCAGGUCACAGUCGGCACUUUCCAAGUUCAUCCAAAUUGAAUUAUUUCACUUCUGUCUGCCGGAGAUCUGGUAUAACAGCUCUGCAUCUCAUUCCAGUACCUGUAAUCCUGCUAAAUUAUGGGUUCACACGCCAUCUCUUAACCCCUGCAGCAAGCACUAUGCUCCUCAGAGUGAGUGGGCGUUACUGUACUUGUCUUAAGCUGAUGAGGAGACUCCGAAAAUUUGCAAGAGACACACGACCUGAAAGGCGAUUGAAGUCAAGCUGCAUCUUUGGUUACGUCGGACAUGAAUACCUUUGUACACGGACUUCAUUACGUACCUCCUGUGCAAAUAAAUUUAUCUAU